GAUCCAGUUUCCUCUGCUCGGAAAAAGAAAGAAUUGUACCGUAGGCAAGGGUAGUUGAGAGAAUCCAAGGGGAUAUAUCGUGGUGUGAAGUCUCUGGAAACUAAACUGUCAAAAUCCCUCCAGAGAUGAUGAGGAGAACAUUGUUUAACUCUCCCCCUUCAUCUCUGCAGAGAUGACACUUGUUUGGUCUUUGUUUUCAUUUUUUUUCUCCUAGAGUAUGAGAGUAUGUUUAGUGUGAAGGCUUUUGUCUUAGGGAUCAAAUCAGAUGUACAUUUGGAGUUGGGUAUUGGUUUUAGUUCACCCUCUGGGUAGCUUCAGUGCAAACCAUAGGUCACCACGAUGGCCAACAGAUCUUAUCUCUAGCUCAUUUCUUCCCUGUACAAGGUACAAGAUACAACAGGUAUGCUGUGCUCUCAGACUUUCUUUACCCAUUUAAAAAAUUAAAAAUAAACUCCUGCUCUAAGUGUCUUUUAAAGGGCAUAUAAUGGUAAAAUAUACAUACAUGUGUGAUACAUGUUGGCUCCGUAAAAAUGUGCACAUUUCCCAGGUGGUGGCCCUCACAGGAGGCAAAGGUAAGAAGAUCUUGAGUUUGUGGACAAACUGAGAUACAUGGGAGAAAAAAAAAACCCAAAUCAAAAAUGUUUGAAUUAUGGCAGCCUGUUUCUCUUUAGGCAUCUCUCAUGUUGGUACAAAAUGUUGAAAUCUUUCAGGCUUAAGGAGAGUGUCCUAAGUGUUUGAGAAGCACCACUAGCUAAAUAGGAUUUUUUAGAUUAGGGAGGAAGUACAUGGCAAGCAUGAGGACCUGCACUCAGUUCCCCAAACACUGAUAUUAAAGCUGGGCUCUGUAGUGCAUGUCUGUAACUGCAGGGCUGGGUGGGGUGUGGGCAGAGACAAGAGGAUCCCGGAAGCUCACUGGCCAAACUGAUGAUCUGCAGUUUUAGUGAGGGAUCCUGUCUCAAAAAAAAAAAAAAAAAAAAAAAUGGAGGAAGACAGCAAAAGUUGAGCUCUGGCCUCCACAUGCAUCUGCACACCUAGAUGCAUACAUGAAUACAGAUGUUUAUUCCAAUGCAGCUCAGUUUAGACCUUAAGAUGCAAUUAGAACUCCUGGGGCAUUGAGACACGCCCCUCCCCAAACAAAAACCACAACAAUAAAAACCCCACAACAAUACCUGGGUCAAGUCCAGCUCCAGACUAACUACAACAGCUCUCCAGGGUUGGGUAGUGGAAGGAGAGCAAUUGUAGAGAGUAGCCUCCUUUCCUGUUUUCCAGCAGGCCAGAGUCCACUCAGAAGACAGAUAAAAGCACUCUCUGCUGAUUGGUUAUUUCGUACCAGAGGCCCAUGUGGAAAUGUGCCAGCUAGCUUUAUAAAAGCCCUGGACUGCCAGCUCACACCAAAGAAGAGAAGGCUACCAUGGAUCCUGUCUUGGUCCUGGUGCUCAGUCUGUCCUGUCUACUUCUUUUUUCACUGUGGAGAGGGAGAGGGAGAGGGAAACUCCCUCCUGGCCCCACUCCUCUCCCACUUUUUGGAAAUAUCUUUCAGAUAGAUGUGAAGGACAUCAGCAAAUCCUUAACAAAUUUCUCCAAAGUCUAUGGCCCAGUGUUCACUCUGUAUUUUGGUCCAAAGCCUACUGUGGUGGUACAUGGAUAUGAAGCAGUAAAGGAAGCCCUGGAUGACCUCGGAGAGGAAUUUUCUGGAAGGGGUAGCUUUCCAAUUGUUGAAAGAACGAAUAACGGUCUUGGGGUCAUUUUCAGCAAUGGAACAAAAUGGAAGGAGCUCCGGCGUUUUUCACUUAUGACCCUGAGGAAUUUUGGGAUGGGGAAGAGGAGCAUUGAAGAUCGAAUUCAAGAGGAGGCAUGCUGUCUUGUGGAAGAGUUAAGAAAAACAAACGGCUCACUCUGUGAUCCCACGUUCAUCCUAAGCUGUGCUCCUGCCAAUGUGAUCUGCUCAGUUAUUUUUCACAAUCGUUUUGAUUACAAAGACAAGAAUUUUCUCAACUUGAUGGAGAAAUUCAAUGAAAACUUUAAAAUUUUGAACUCCCCAUGGAUGCAGGUCUGCAAUGCUCUCCCUGCCUUCAUCGAUUAUCUCCCAGGGAGCCAUAAAAAAGUAAUUAAAAAUUAUAUUGAAAUAAAAAGCUAUAUUUUGGGGCGAGUGAGAGAGCACCAAGACACACUUGACAUGGACAAUCCUCGGGACUUCAUUGACUGUUUCUUGAUCAAAAUGGAACAGGAAAAGCACAAUCCACAUUCUGAGUUUACUAUUGAAGCCCUGAUGGCUACUGUCACUGACCUGUUUGUAGCUGGAUCAGAAACCACAAGCACUACCCUGAGAUACGGACUCUUGCUCUUACUCAAACACGCGGAGGUCACAGCUAAAGUUCAGGAAGAGAUUGAUCGUGUGAUUGGCAGGCACAGGAGUCCCUGCAUGCAGGACAGAACCCGCAUGCCCUACACAGAUGCAAUGGUGCAUGAGAUUCAGAGAUACAUUAACCUCAUCCCUAACAAUGUGCCCCAUGCAGCUACCUGCAAUGUUAGAUUCAGAAAUUAUGUAAUCCCAAAGGGCACAGACUUAGUAACAUCACUGACUUCCGUGCUACAUGAUGACAAAGAAUUUCCCAAUCCAGAAAUAUUUGACCCUGCCCAUUUUCUGGAUGAGAAUGGAAACUUUAAGAAGAGCAACUACUUCAUGCCUUUCUCAACAGGAAAGCGGAUGUGUGUGGGAGAGGCCCUGGCCCGCAUGGAGCUGUUUUUGCUUCUGACCACCAUUGUACAGAAUUUUAACCUGAAAUCUGUGCUUGAUACAAAGGAUAUUGACAUUACCCCAGUGUCUAAUACUUUCGGCUGUGUGCCACCUUCAUACCAGCUAUAUUUUGUUCCUCGUUAAAGAGGAACAGGCUGGCUAUGCUGGCGUCUGUGACUUUUCUCAGGGUCACGGUCCACCUCCCCUCCCCUGUUAGGGAUACCUCUCUCAUUUCUCCUCUCACAUCUCCUCAUUUUCCCACAACCCAGGGAGCAGCCAUCUUUUCCUUAGGAAGAUUUUCCCUGAGUUAUCAUGGAAAUUCAUCCAUUGCCCCCUUCAGUCUCUAACACUUGUAUUGGUCAUGGCCUGUACUAACACGUGUCCUGAGUUAUCAAUGUGUGAUGAGUAUAAUACAGAAGAGUUCAACUGAGAGCCAUCUCUGCUCUGCUUGAUUCAAGAUAAAAGGAGUUAUUAACUGAAGGGUCAUUGCUCAGGCUUCUUUGUGCAUAAAACAUAUAAAGAAUGACAAAAGUUACUAUCAUAAAUGGGGUAUCACCUUUCACCUAUUAGGAUGGAGAUUACGGAAUUAAAAUGAAACAGAAAAAAAUGAAUUGGUAAUAAUAAAUAGCAACUGGAAUUCUUUGUUUUGACAACUUUUUCAAAACCUUGGUAGCUGUUGUUGCAUAGGCUUAUUUUUUGGCCUUCUAUUCUCAUUUUCUGGUCUACAUGUCUGUUUUGGUGGCAAUAUUACAUUAUUUUUGUAACAA